AUGAAAGUGCCAACAACCCCUUUUCAUGAGAAAGUUGAAACAAAAAUUGAAAAUGAAUCGGAAAAUAAAAGAAGGCAAUUGAUAGCUAAUGAGGCGAGGUUAGCUAGAAUCCAUGCUCAGGAACAGAGGAAACUUCAGCUAAAGGCAGAACAGGAAAUCGAGAAAAGGAGAAGAGAAAAGUUAAAACAAGAUAAUGAGGUAGUGAAUUCGGACGGCAAUAAUCAAAAUUAUAAGAAAAAUAUUCAAGAAUUAAGACAAAAACCUACAUCAACUACUCAACAAUUAAACCACGAAGCAACAAUUAAAUUUAAAAAUGUGGUACUAAAAGAUGAGAAGCCAAGAAAAAAUCUGGCAAAAACAAGACCAGUUAAUAGUAAUGGAAUAGAUGGGAAAGAAAAGUUAGACAAUGAGAAUAAUUUUAACGAACAAGAAGAACAACAAAACAAAGUUUCCGAACAAAACAAAGUUUCCGAACAAAACAACCAUCAAAACAUGUUCGAGAAACUAAACGAACAUCAAAACAUGUUUGAAAAAUUAAAUGAAUCAAAAUUGCAAAAUAAACCUGAGAAAAACAUGUUUGAUGAAGAGAAAAACAAAUCAGAACAGAAACAAAUUUAUCAGAAACAUAAAAUUAAAGAAACACCAAAAACAAAUAAAACAUCGACUAUAAAAACAUUUACACCACCAACUUUACAUUCCAACAACAAAAUCAGAAAUGAUUCACUAAUAGAGCCUUCCUCAAAACCUAUACAGAUUUCUCCAACACAAUCAAACGAACAUUUGGUAACACAAGCAGAAGUACCACCUACUACAAAAAUUACUGGAUUUAUAGAAAAAGUUGAUCAAAACAAGGAAGAAAAUCAAAUCAGGGAGGAAAACCUACUUGUUGGGAAUAAUGUUACUUCUGAUGCCCCUAAUGUUACACUAAUCCCAACAUGUCCCCAAAUAAUUGGAAUUUGUGAAAAAGACGAGACAACAGCUUUGAACUUCAAAUAAAAUGUCCACAAACAUUUGACGACGAAAACAACAAAAACAAUUGUUUAUUAAAGAAAAGAGCCCCUCAAUGCUCUGCUGCUCUUAGCCGUUUUGUUAGAUUUGUUUCUGCUC